AAGAAAUAUAUACGGCUAUAUAUAUAUCCAUACUAUAACCACAAAUUGUGUGUCCAUAAUGUAAUAUCAUUCAUCAUUAAUAAACACACGAUACAUUAUGUUGUUACUUAUAGGCUUAUUGCUAAGUCUCUCAACACUCCAGAGUCAAAAAUGUUGUUUAUCUAGUAAAUAAUAAAAGCUGCUUACGACAUUGAUAAAAUACAGGCAUAAUUAAUCUACUACUUCAGCUAUAUGGAUAUAUCUAUGUGUGGUUUUAUGACAAGAAGCACAAUAUUACUACUUAAUUACUUGACUGUUAAUUAAGUUUAUAGUAGCAUACGACAAUAUGCACAUGAUCAAGCCGCCGGAGCAACGUCACAAUCGUCGUCGUCAUCGUCUCCUCCGUUCUCUUGGCCACCAUUUUUCUUUUGGUUUCGUUGCCCUUUGUGAAAAGCUAAGAGAGUGCAGUGACCUGGCCACGGUUAUGACCACAAGUUUGGACAACGUGGCACGUCAUGGCCCGCACGUGAGCCAACCUCAUGGAAGCUAUUCGCAGCUAACGUUUUACACGUGGUGGGAACAGUUCAUGCACACUCUCACGUUGCCUCGCCAUGCGCCUUCUUGCUCUCUGUCUAUACAUCAUAAAACCCUAAAGCUCGUGUCUUAG